GAGCAAAGACAGCAGCUCCUAGAAUCCCUGCGAUUUGGCCAGAUUGACGAACGGAAGAACACAAUUAAAAGGGCUCAUACGAAAACAUGCAAAUGGCUUUUACAGAGCGCGCCUUAUCUAGAGUGGCUAGACGUUACGAAAAGAAGCGAGCACCAUGGAUUUUUAUGGAUCAAGGGAAAAGCUGGAGCAGGAAAAUCCACACUCAUGAAGUUUGCUCUAGAAAGAGCGCACAAGGCAGUCCAAGGCAGCUCACCAAUAUCUUUCUUCUUCAAUGCGCGGGGAAGCACAAUGGAGAAGUCUACAACUGGGACCUACCGAUCAUUGUUACUGCAGCUUCUUGAGAGAUUUACAGAGCUACAGAAAGUCUUCGACUCGCUUUAUCCAUCAACAACAGACCUCGAUGCGAAUCGCGAGUGGAGUGUGGAGUUACUCAAGGAGCUUCUAGAAGCAGCUAUCCUGAUGCACGGGAAAGCACCAGUCAUAUGUUUUAUCGAUGCAUUAGACGAAUGUGAUGAAACAGAAAUUCGAGACAUGAUUCAGUUUUUCGAGCAGAUUGGGGACCUGUCAAUAGAGACCGGUUUCUUUACCUGCUUUUCUAGUAGGCACUAUCCUCACAUCACUAUUCGCAAUGGACUGGAAUUGGUGUUAGAAGGACAAGAGGGCCACAAUCAAGACAUCAUCAACUACAUUGGGACUGAAUUGAAAAUUGGAAAGAGCAAAAAAGCACAGAAAAUAAGGGACGAUGUUCGAGAGAAGGCAGCAGGUAUCUUCAUGUGGGUCGUUUUGGUUAUUGGCAUCUUGAACAAAGAAUGGGAUCGAGGUCGCAUCGAUCGUCUCCAGCAGAAAUUGCACGAGAUUCCUAGCGACUUACACGACCUAUUUCGCGAUAUUCUCACCCGAGACUCGAAUAACACGGAACAAUUGGUUCUGUGUAUUCAAUGGGUACUUUUUGCAAAACAGCCGCUCAGUCCUGAGCAGCUAUACUAUGCUAUACUUUCCGGCAUUGAUAAUGAUGCUGUAUCCGCAUGGGACCCCGACGAAAUCGAUCAAGAUUCAAUCAAGAGGUACAUACUUGAUUCCUCAAAAGGCCUUACCGAUAUUACUGCCUCCAAAAACCAAAAGAUUCAAUUCAUACACGAAUCAGUUAGGGACUUCCUGCUCAAAGAAAAUGGACUGGCUAAGAUUUGGCCCGAAUAUCAGCACAACUUCUUGGGUCAAAGCCAUGAGAGGCUUAAGCAGUGUUCCUGGAAAUAUAUCAACAUCAUCCUAGAGAAGUCGUCAUACAUUCUCGACAAUCCCUACAACCCAUCUUCAAUGGCAAUACUAGAGCGACGUUCCUCAGCGGAGCAGAAAUUCCCAUUUCUUGAGUACGCUGUCCACAACAUAUUCUACCAUGCAGAUUUGGCAGAAGAUCAUCAUAUUUCCCAGUCAAUAUUUCUAGAUCAACUCCAGCUUGAAAGCUGGGUUCUGCUGGACAAUUACUUGGAGAAAUUCAGCAUUCGCAGGCAUAGAAAGACCGUUAGUCUGCUGUACAUUUUAGCCGAACUCAACUGCGCCAAUCUGAUCAAGUCCCAAAUUACAUCUGAAAACGUUCUGAAGGUCACGAAAGAGCGCUAUGGCUGCCCUCUGUUCGCUGCGGUCGCCCUUGGGAACGACGCAGCAGUCCGAGUUCUCUCGACGGCGAUUGAGUCAGCAUCACCCAAAACAGAUACAAACCGUGAACAAUCUGAAAACGAUACGACAGUGGCCGGUCCUGUUCAAAAUCGUUAUCGGGAUUUUGUUUACAUGCGUAAGAAAAGCUUCAUGUUCAAUGCAGCACAGAUAUGCCCGGAGCACGUCAUGACUCGGUUGAUUGAGUCACCGAUUUACAACCCUGUCUCAUCACCAUCUGAUACGAAAUCUUUGAUGCUGGAAGCAUCGCGUCGCGGCCAUGAAUCUGUACUUAAGCUAUUAAUUGACAAACAAAAAGGCUUCUCAGACUUGAAGCCUUCUUUAAUAGACAAGGUACUGCAUGAGCAGGUGGCAAUCGGGAAUGAGCCAUUCGUCAAAAUUCUUGUCCUCGGAGGAGCCGAUGUUGACGUACGAAAUGGUUCCGGUGACAACACAAUUCACGUGGCCUCAUCAAAAGGGCUUGAGAGUAUUGUGAUGUUCCUCCUGGAUAAUCGCUUAGAUCUUCUUGACAGCAAAAAUGACUUAGGACGUACCCCCCUCUUGUGCGCAAUUCAA